AUGGUGGCCGACUCUUUGACUCAGUUUCCUCACGACCUCAAGGAGGGCAUUGACUGGCUGAUAGCCUUGAAGGGAACCGAUCCUGAAAACAACUUGAAGGCUAUGGGUGCCGCACUUUACGACUUUCUCGCGGACAAGCCUGAUGGCACGAUGAGGAUGCCAGCUCUCGAAGAAGUUAAGCAUAUUACUAGGGAGUUCUUGGAGAAACCGGAGAUUAAGUACCAGCCAUUUGUCAGGGGUCUGAUCUCGAGACUCAAUGAGCCCGUGGAUCAGUCCACCAAGAAGUCCUUCAAGGGUCUUUCAAUGGUCCCCAAAAGCGCUUAUGAAACCAUUAUUAAGUCAAGGGGUGCCAAUCCUAAAGCCAUCGCAGAGAAACUCGGAAAAGUUGUGGACGGUUGUGAGAAUUUCUUGAAAAGGAUCGCGGUCCCUGACCAGUACAAGUGUGCUUACAGUUCUAAGGCCACGUGGGCUGAGUCGUGCGCGAAGGACCCGGAGGCUUGCGCAGUUGUCCUAGUGGGAAUCGCACCGAUGUUGUACUCCGGCCUACGUUCUUUGCAGAUUGUGAGCCGUGAUGCGUUUAGGCAAGGACCGAAUUCCGAGGCGAGUGAGCGUAUGGAAGAGGUGUUGGAAGCCGUGGGUUACAAAGAGGCGGAAUACCAAAGUGAAAAGGGCAGGCCUAUAUACAAGGCAUUGAGUGGUGUGGAUCUGGGAAUAUUUACCGUACUCUACGAUGUCGCUCGUUAUUGGGCUUUGUAUUGA